UUUUAUUUUUUAUUUUCUUCGCUUUGAAAGGCUGGACGCAGACAUGCGCUGGAAAAGUGAGGUAAAAGUAGAGUGUCGCAUUGGUAAGGAGAAUGAAAACGGAUCUCUGGUGUCCAACGACGAGGUGAGUGAAGGGCGGGCGUGUAGCUUGUACACUCGCGAUCAGCAGGUUGAGCCGUGAGUCAGUAUCAGAGAUUAAAUAUUAGUCGAAAUUGCUUUGCCAAUUAAAUCAGAGUGGGCUUCGGUCUGUCAUUAAAGCCGGCCUUCCACACGCUGCGGCUCAGUAUUUUUACAAUUUGAAGAAAUGUCAAAGAAAAUUAGCCCUCCCUGAAUUCUGCAAUUAAAACUCAAGUAGUUAAUGAGACCUCUUCACCUUUUGGUUGCCCGGGUAGACGUUUGUGGCGAACUUAGCCUUUUUAAUUGCUGUUAUUAAAUAAAUCAAUCCCCCUUUUCCUUCAGACCUCGCGCUGCUUUUCUGAUUGACGCGUGAAAUUGGCGUGUUGGUUGGUUUAACCGCAGCUCGCGCACGCGCGCCCGCGAGCAGCGGCUGAAUCACAAAUUCAGAGCUCAAGAACAUAAUGGACACGGGAUGAGUAUUAGUUCAAGUGUUGUCUGUUUUUCUUCUCGUCAUGUGUGAAGAUUGCAAAGGAGACGAAGAGCUGCUGGGCAAAUGCACUGAAGACAGGAGAGACAUAAUGGGCGCACCGGUGGAAGUUUUGGAUGAAGAAGCGUCGUCCCUGCAGGCGAUGUCCUCUGCGCCUCUGCUGGGCAGAACUGUGUGUGCGAGCUGCAACGAGGAAAUAGUUGAUAAAUAUCUAUUAAAGGUUAACGACUUGUGCUGGCAUGUGCGCUGUCUCUCCUGCAGCGUGUGUCAGACUUCACUUGGCAGCCACACAAGUUGCUACAUCAAAGAAAAAGAGGUUUUCUGCAAACUGGAUUACUUUCGGAGAUACGGCACUUGGUGCGCGUGCUGCGGACGGAACAUCCACUCCACAGACUGGGUCCGCCGGGCGAAGGGCAACGUCUAUCAUCUGGCCUGCUUCGCCUGCUUCUCCUGCAAGAGGCAGCUGUCCACCGGGGAGGAGUUCGCCCUGGUGGAGGGAAAAGUGCUUUGCAGGGUUCACUACGACUGCAUGUUGGACAACCUCAAGCGGGCGGUGGAAAAAGGAAACAGCGUUAACAUGGAAGGAGCUGUGCCCACCGAACAGGAGAUCAACCAGCCCAAACCCUCCAAGAGAGCUCGGACCAGCUUCACUGCUGACCAGCUGCAGGUGAUGCAGGCUCAGUUUGCUCAGGACAACAACCCAGACGCCCAAACACUGCAGAAACUAGCAGAGCAGACAGGCCUCAGUCGAAGAGUCAUUCAGGUCUGGUUCCAGAACUGUCGAGCACGCCACAAGAAGCACGUGAGCCCCAACCACACCUCCAGCACCCCCAUGACCUCACUGCAGCCCAGCCACCUGUCCCAGCCCACCCCGACCCCUGAGGAGCUCCAAUACACCGCCUACGGAGGUCCAGAGGGGUCGAUGCUCUCAGCACUACACUCCUUCAUAGACAUACACUCGCCUCCAUCCUUGUUUCAACCGCUGCUGCCAGCCCACGCCAUGACCUCGCUGCCUGUGUCUAACGCCUGAGCUGCCCUCUCUCUCUUACACUCACACACACCUUACCAGUGUUUUUCCAUUAUUAGCAGCAGUAUUCUGCUACGUGUGGUAAAUAUAAUUUAAAGUUUUUGUGAACCAUAAAAUCUGCCCGUAAUAUUGUUUGUUAAGCAAAUUCUGGAUCACUAUCAUUUACAGCCCUAAAUGUACUGAUGUAUGAUGGAAAUGGCAACGCUUCGGUGCACGGCACACACGACAUUAUAUAUUUAUAUUUGUUUGUUGUCUGUUUGUUGGUGACAAAGUCUGAUUGUGCUACUCUUAGUGAAAGCCACCAGCCCCACAAAAGUCCACUCCACAUGAAGAUGAACUGAAUAGCAGUGUUGCAAUUUAAUUUAUUGUAUGUGUCGUCUCUUUUGAGAAUAAAUGUCUAAUUUCACAAACCUGG